CGCACGUAAACAUCAACCCAGAUGAUAGUAACGUUACAGCUGGAGCUUCUGAAGCGAUUCCCAUGAAAUGACACAAAGAGGCGCGGAGAUGCCGGUUCGGUUCGGCGGGUCGCACUGAAUUAAAACCCUUGACAUGAGUAAAACGGACCCGAGAGACAGAUGAUGUUUACGCGCCAUGAGUUUAUCCAGCUAACGCGGGCCUGAAGGAGAUGAUGUGGCCUUUAGCUGUUAGCGCAUCCGCUGUCCGCAUUUCAGUGAGAUAAAAUGAUGUAGCUGGACCUGAAGAGACAGACAUUAGCGACAGGAUGAAUCUGAAGAAGUCACGGAGUGUCGGAGCUUCUUCCCCGAUCAACGGACUCGGUAAACAAGAUGCUGAGUCCAGACGGAAGAGGAAGACGGCGGAGAUCGCGCAGGCCCUGAACACGACGCCCGUGGACGUGGCCGCUCUCAGACGCAUGGCCAUCAGCGAAGGAGGGCUGCUGACCGACGAGAUCCGCCGGCAGGUGUGGCCCAGACUGCUCAACGUGUCUGUAGAAAACAUACCUGAGCAACUAGAGCCGGUCGAUCGAGACAAUAACAAGGACUUUAACCAAGUGCUUCUAGAUGUUCAGAGAUCCCUCAGACGCUUCCCUCCAGGGAUGCCGGACGAGCAGCGGGAAGGCCUUCAGGAGGAGCUGAUCGAUAUUAUCCUGCGGGUGCUCGUCAAAAACCCUCAGCUGCACUAUUAUCAGGGUUACCAUGACAUCGUGGUGACCUUCCUGCUGGUGCUGGGGGAACGACUCGCCACUGCCCUGGUGGAGAAACUCUCCACUCACCAUCUCAGGGAUUUUAUGGACCCCACUAUGGACAACACCAAACACAUCCUGAACUACCUGAUGCCCAUAAUCGAGAGGGUCAACCCUGAAGUGUACGACUUCAUGCAGCAAGCCGAGGUCGGCACCAUUUUCGCCCUGAGCUGGCUCAUCACCUGGUUCGGACACGUGCUGUCAGAUUUCCGUCACGUGGUUCGGUUGUACGACUUCUUCCUGGCCUGCCAUCCCCUCAUGCCCAUCUACUUUGCUGCUGUGAUUGUGUUGCAUCGAGAGGACGAGGUGUUGGACUGUGAGUGUGACAUGGCCAUGAUGCACCACCUCCUCUCCCGCAUCCCAGAGGACCUGCCGUACGAGACGCUGAUCAGCCGCGCGGGAGAUCUGUUCGUCCAGUUCCCUCCGUCCGAACUGGCCAGAGAGCGCAAUCAGCUAACGGCUGUUUCCACCUUCAAAGACUUUGAGUUGGCUUCAACACAGCAACGUCCAGACACGGUGCUCCGGCAGAGACGGAAAGAGCAGCAACAGCAGCAGCGCACACUGGACGCCCAGCGAGGAACGGUAGCGGUCGUCCAACCCACGGCGCGGCGCUUCAUGCGUCUGGCGGUCAUGGGGUUGACUGUGGCGUUGGGAGCCGCCGCUUUAGCCGUGGUGAACUCUGCCCUGGAGUGGGCUCCCAAACUAGACUUGCUCUUCCCGUGAAGGAGCUGAGCAACAGCACAGAAACACACCGUCUCAUCUGAGGACUGAAUAAUUGUUAUUUUGCCUUUUUUUUUUAAAAUAUUUAUACAUGUGAACCACUUAGACUAAUGAAUAAAAUAAUGUGUGCAUAGUUGAUUAAACAGCCUUUUUCCCCAGACACAGAGUGAGAUAUUCAGCUGAGAGGAGGUGCCACUUCCUUCAGUAGAUGAUGGAAAUGUUUUCUGGAUCUACUGAGGACAAGCGUCAAUCCUCGUGUUGAAUUGGAUGUAGAGUGGAGGUAUGUCUCGUUCACAAAACACGAUCUGAGCAAUUUUUUGUGUGAAUCUUUUGUAAAAGCAUUGUUUUUUGUCUUUUAACUUGAGGGAAUAGUUCACGCAAAAAUGAAAAUUUGCUAAGAAUGUAUUCAUUCUCAGGCCAUAUAAGAUCAGAAAAGAUUUAGAGAAGUGUAGCAUUACAUUACUUGCUCACCAGUGAAUGGGUGCCGUCAGAAUCACCUAAAAAAUUUAUUUCACCCAGAAAUUAACAUUUACUCAUCCUCAGGUCACCCAAGAUGUAGAUAAGCUUAUUUCUUAUCAAAACAGAUUUGGAGAAAUUUAACAUUGCAACACUUGCUCACUAAUGGAUCCUCUGCAGUGAAUGGGUGCCGUCAGAAUCACCCUAAAAUGAACAUUUACUCAUCGUCAGGCUGUCCAAAAUGCAGAUGAGUUUACUUCUUCAUCAGAACAACUUUGGAGAAAUUUAGCAUUCCAUCACUUGCUCACCAGUGGACCCUUUGCAGUGAAUGGGUGCCGUCAGAAUCACCCAAAAAUUAAAUUUCACCCUAAAAUGAACAUUUACUCUCCCUCAGGCUGUCCAAGAUGUAGAUGAGUUUACUUCUUCAUCAGAAUAGAUUUGGAGAAAUUUAAAAUUACAUCACUUGCUUACUAAUGGAUGCUCUGCAGUGAAUGGGUGCCAUCAGAAUCACCUAAAAAUUAAAUUUCUCUCAAACAUUAACAUUCACUCGUCCUAAUGCCAUCCAAGAUGUAGAUGAGUUUAUUUCUUCAUCAGAACAGAUAUGGAGAAAUUUAUCAUUAAAACACUUGCUCACUAAUGGAUCCUCUGCAGUGAAUGGGUGCCAUCAGAAUCAAUCAAAAAUUGAAUUUCACCCAAAAAUGAACAUUUACUAAUUUUUAGGCCAUUUCAUCAGAUUGGGAGAAAUGUAGCAUUUCAUCACUUGCUCACCAAUGGAUCCACUGCAGUGAAUGGGUGCCGUCAGAAUGAAAGUCCAAACAGCUGAUAAAAACAUUACAAUAAUCCACAAGUAGUCCACAUCACUCCAGUCCAUUAAUUAACAUCUUGUGAAGCAAAAAGGAAGCGAAAAAGUCCUUUAUCCAUAUUGCUUUAUUCAGUGAAAAAGCAUCACGUCUGAAUCAGGAGCGAAAUGCGCAUAAAUGAAGAACCAUUUAUGAGCAAUUCUAAACAAAUAUGUCAAGAUUUUCAUGUGAGAGGACAACAGGAUGUGGACCACCAUAAUGGACUCAUUUUGUUGCAGAUGUUUUUAUUAGCUGUUUGUACUCUCGUUCUGGUGGCACCCAUUCACCGUUAGAGGAUCCAUUGGUGGGCAAGUGAUGUAAUGCUAAAUUUUCCAAAUCUGUUCUGACGAAGAAACAAACUUAUCUACAUCUUGGAUGACCUGAGGGAGAGUAAAUGUUCACUAUUGGGCGAUUCUGACGGCACCCAUUAACUGCAGAGGAUCAAAUGGUGAAUAAAUCAUGUAAUGCUACAUUUCUCCAAAUCUGUUCUGAUGAAGAAGCAAACUCAUUGACAUUUUGGAUGGCCUGAGAGUGAGUAAAAUUUUCAGCAAGUUUUCAUUUUACUUUAAGAAUUCAUGUACAUUGUUUGUUAAACAGUUUUUAUGUAAAUUGUUUGCAUUAAAUUGAUAAAUAAAUAAAUUAUUUAGUAGUUUAGAAUUUUUUAAUUUUGGAAUUUACAUAUAAAACCUGUAUAUUGCUUGUAAAACAAAGUUUUAGUUUUGAUAGUUGUCAAAUUUAAGUGCAUGCAACAAUUUACAUAAAAAUGCCUUUACAGAUUAUGGACAUGGAAAUGAUUUAUUCAGAAAAUUGCUCAACUUGUCUUUUAUGAUUGAGACUUUAUUGUACUUUCCAUCAUUAGAAAACCCAAUAUAUUGAGACCAAAAUAUAUCGAGUGCUGUCAAACGAUUAAUCACAUUCAAAAUAAGUUUCUGUUUACAUAAUACGUGUACUGUGUAUAUUUAUUAUGUGUAUAUAAAUAAACCCACAUAGUGUAUAUUUUAAAAAAUAUUGAAAUGUAUUUACAUGUAUAUAUUUAUACUCGCAUAAUUUAUAUUAUAUAUAAAUAUAUUUAAUAUAUAAACAACAUUUUUCUUAAAUGUAUACAUGCAUGUGUGUAUAUUUAUAUGGAUAAUAAAUACACAGCACACACACACAUAAACAAUAUUUUAUUUUGGAUGCGAUUAAUCACGAUUAAUUGUUUGACAGCAAACGAUUCGUUUGUAGAAUUGGGAAUUUAAUCUGAUUGGUUCAGGACCCCUUAUGGGUCAGAAUCUCAUUUGUUUAGUGUACUUAAAAUUAAGAAAGCAACAUUUCACAAAAGCAAGGAACGUCUUUUUUUAUGUUCAGAAUUUGUAUGUUCAUGUUUUUGAGGUUAUUUUUUCACUACAUUACUGUUUUUUUUCUUUCCGAAACACCUUAAUUACAGUAUUUUUUUGUGAUAAGUGCUGAUCUUAGUACACAACUUGCAGUUUUCACCAAUAUCAGAACAGGAGUUGAAACCACUUCUGAAUAACUUGAUAGACUUGAGAUUUCUUGAAUCUGGAGUGUGUAAACGGUGAACGUGAACUAAGUAGUUUGUCCAGAUCGGUGUUGAAUCAUGACACAUUGUUAUUUUUUGUUGUUUAAAUGCUGUACAACAUCUAAACAUAGAGUAACAUCCAAGUGGAUAUUUUUUCAGA